CCAGAGGAUAUUGCGCGCGAAAUCCGACGCCCAAAACACUGACUGAACAUCCAGGCUCAGCCUCUUCUCAGGACAUGGACAAUGCCUAUGGUGAUUCUCUGCCAGGAGAGUGCCUCAGAAAGCCAGACAGGAAGCAGCUCAAGCUCUAUGGAGUGGGGGACCCCGUGGCCAUGUUCUCCUCUGAUAGCUCCUGCCUGUCCUCUAGAGGAAGAGUCAGCAAAUGGUUCUGGGACUCAGCUGAGGAGGGCUACAGAACCUACCAUAUGGACGAGUAUGAUGAAGACAAGAACCCCAGUGGCAUCAUUAACUUGGGCACCAGUGAGAACAAACUCUGCUUUGACCUUCUGUCCAGGCGGCUGACACAGAAUGACAUGCUUCAUGUGGAGCCCUCGCUGCUGCAGUACCCAGACUGGAGGGGACAUCUGUUCCUGCGGGAAGAAGUGGCCAAGUUCUUGUCUUUCUACUGUAAGAGCCCGGCGCCCCUCAAACCAGAGAACGUGGUUGUUCUGAAUGGCUGCGCCUCGCUCUUUUCCGCUCUGGCCACAGUGCUCUGUGAGACAGGAGAGGCUCUCUUGAUCCCCACCCCUUACUAUGGAGCCAUUACCCAGCAUGUCUAUCUCUAUGGCAACGUCCGACUGGCUUAUGUCUACCUGGAGAGUGAGGUAUCUGGAUUGAACACACGUCCCUUCCAGCUCACAGUGGAGAAGCUGGAGAUGGCUCUGCAAGGAGUUAAUUCUGAGGGUGUCAAGGUCAAAGGCCUCAUCCUCAUCAACCCCCAGAACCCUCUGGGUGACAUCUACUCCCCUGAAGAGCUACAGGAGUUCCUGGGAUUUGCCAUGAGGCACCAGCUUCACGUGAUCAUGGAUGAGGUUUACAUGUUGUCCGUGUUUGAAGAGUCUCUUGGGUACCGGAGUGUCCUGAGCCUGGAAAGGCUGCCUGACCCCCAGAGGACACACGUGAUGUGGGCCACCAGCAAGGACUUCGGGAUGUCUGGACUCCGCUUUGGCAUCCUGUACACAGAAAAUGAGCAUGUGGCUACUGCUGUGGCCUCCCUCUGUCGCUAUCGUGGCCUCAGUGGCCUGGUCCAACACCAGAUGGCACAGCUGCUCCGGGACCAUGACUGGAUCAGCCAGGUGUACUUGCCAGAAAACCACGCCCGACUCAAGGCUGCCCAUACCUAUGUCUCAGAGGAGCUAAGAGCCCUGGGGAUACCCUUCGUGAGUCGUGGGGCAGGCUUCUUCAUCUGGGUUGACUUAAGAAAGUACCUGCACAGAGGCACCUUUGAGGAGGAGGGGCUGCUCUGGCGCCAGUUUUUGGACAACAAGGUGCUGCUGUCCUGCGGGAAGACCUUUGAGUGCAAAGAACCCGGCUGGUUCCGGGUGGUCUUCUCAGACAAGGAGAACCGGCUCCGCCUGGGGAUGCAAAGGGUGCGGCAGGUGCUUGCAAGGCAACCUCAAGUGGUAGAUGAAGCCUCUCCCUGUCACACUCAGGAGCCAAGUACCCAGCCCAUGUGAGCAGGCCAUUGCCUCACGAGCACCCACUGUCCCUUAUGACCUGGACAAGAAAGGCCACGGGAGAUUAAAUGUGGAUUGCCGUUUGUCGACAGGACUUGUCACUUGGCUUUGGCCUUGAAGAGCCGUUUCCUGCCCUCCCUGCUGGCAGUGUGAAGCUGUUUAAACUGAUGCUAUUCUGGGCUGUUGCUGUCCUCUGUUCAGUGGGACUGGGACCAGCCAGAUGCCUGUGCUGUCAUUAGUGUACAGGAUAGGGAGUCCUGACUGUUCCUAACCACAGCUUCUCUCUAGGAGAAGAGUAAACAAGCAGCUGUUCAUUCUUCGUGAUGGUGCCUUCAUGCCUUUCUUGUUGCCAGGGAAACAAGCCAGAGGAACUGUACACACACACACACACACACACACACACACACACACACACAAGUGAUAGCAUUCCAAGGUGUAUGGGGUGAAUUUCAUUUGUUCGGGGUUGAGUGCCCAGAACAGACCUCAGCUUGGGAUGCAGAGAGCAGAAUUCUGUGGUGGGAAAGCAGUGGCUCCUCAGUAAAGCUAAAAUGCCCCAUCAAGUUCUGAAACACACCUCCACUUACCUAGGAAGAAGGUACCUUCACUGGCUCCCACAGCAGUAGCCUGGCAAUGGCUGGAGAGGAGGCCCAGUGGUUAAGAGCACUUGCUGUUCUUCAGAGGACAGGAGUUCAGUUCCCAGAACUCACAGCGGGCAGCUUAUGGCACAUGUGUGCCUGUGCAUGCACACACACGCACAUACACACAAAUAAACCAUAAAAAGGAAUCACAAGUGUACCAUUCAUUUGUCCAUUGCUUUCUGCCAUUUUCUUGGUUGGUCUGUACAUUCCCAUUUUUCUAU